CAGCAAGCCGCUUAUAUAAUAUCAUAAUAACUGUUUUAUUACUUCUGACGAACACAAAUUUGUAGCAGUGCUCUGUGGACACUGUAACCACAAUAGAAAUGCCGCCUGGAGUACUCACUAAGCUGAACAGGAACGGUAUCCAGUGCAUUGCAUCAGUAACACUUCUCCAGCGAUUCCCAUAUCAUCGGAACCACCACACCAUUCCCACCAUGGACCAGAACCGACCCACUGUGGGUGGUGUUACGGCGGAGGUACUAAAAGCCGUCGUUUCGCAAGCUCUGCUGGGCAAAUUCACAGCUGUUUUCCCAAAGCUUUUUAAGUGCCAGUGGAAGACUUACGAAGGUCAAAAGAAGUUCUACGCCAAUUUCAGCACCGAUUGCACCGACAGCAACAGCAACAACAUGAGCCGAAAGUUCUGCGUGGGAGGCAACUGGAAGAUGAACGGCGACCAGAAGUCCAUCGCCGAGAUCGCCAAGACCCUGAGCUCGGCCGCCCUCGACCCCAACACGGAGGUGGUCAUCGGCUGCCCGGCCAUCUACCUGAUGUACGCCCGCAACCUGCUUCCCUGCGAGCUGGGUUUGGCCGGCCAGAACGCCUACAAGGUGGCCAAGGGCGCCUUCACCGGCGAGAUCUCGCCUGCGAUGCUGAAGGAUAUCGGCGCCGACUGGGUGAUCCUGGGACACUCGGAGCGCCGCGCCAUUUUCGGCGAGUCGGACGCCCUGAUCGCCGAGAAGGCCGAGCACGCUCUGGCCGAGGGCCUCAAGGUCAUCGCCUGCAUUGGUGAGACCCUGGAGGAGCGCGAGGCCGGCAAGACCAACGAGGUGGUGGCCCGCCAGAUGUGCGCCUACGCCCAGAAGAUCAAGGAUUGGAAGAACGUGGUGGUGGCCUACGAGCCCGUCUGGGCCAUUGGCACCGGCAAGACCGCCACACCCGAUCAGGCUCAAGAGGUCCACGCCUUCCUGCGCCAGUGGCUGAGCGACAACAUCUCCAAGGAGGUGUCCGCCAGCCUGCGCAUCCAGUACGGUGGAUCCGUGACCGCCGCCAACGCCAAGGAGCUAGCCAAGAAGCCCGACAUCGAUGGCUUCCUGGUCGGAGGCGCCUCCCUGAAGCCCGAGUUCGUGGACAUCAUCAACGCCCGGCAGUAAGCACUUCGAUCUCAAGCAUCAGAUCGCUUUCGGCCAGCGAACUGCCCGCGGAGGAGGCACUGGAGGACAGGACUCCAUACUCCUGCGCGCAAAUGCAUUACGCACACACCUAGUUGUUGUCACCACCAAGUGCAGUUCCAAAUUCAUAGUUACCUUGCGAGAAUGCUACUCACAUCCUUGUUGUUGAACGUAUAGUAGUCCAUUGUGUAAAUCUUAAAUUAUUCAGGCAAUAAUUAUGCGCUACUCAUUUACUUAUAUACCAAA